AUGGCGGAGACUGAUGACUAUGCCAAGCGCACUGCGCGCAUCAAGAACCUUCUUUCCAGCUACUAUGGCGACGCGUCCCAGCCCGGCACGCCCGGCGGCGCUGGCGUCAGCCCUCGCGCGGCGCAUGCGGCCGGCUCCCCCGGCACCGGCAGCGGCAGCAGCGGCGCAACGGCGACGGCGCCGCCGCGCGCCCCGCAGGCGCGGGUCGGCGGCGGCCUGGCCAUAAGCAUGGACAGCCCGGCCUUCAACGCAGAUUACCACCUGCAGCAGAUGCUGCGCGGGCUCUCUCUGGACCGCCUGCUGACGGAGCACCGCGGCAUGGCGCGCGAGAUCAAAAACCUGGACUCCGACAUGCAGCAGCUGGUGUAUGAGAACUACAACAAGUUCAUAGCCGCCACGGACACGAUCAAGGUGAUGAAGUCCAACGUUGACGGCAUGGAGGGGGACAUGGACAAACUCAAGGGCAUCAUGGAUGACGUGGCGGACAAGAGCGCGUCCGUCAACGCCAAGCUGCAGCGGCGGCGGCAGCACUGCGAGGAGCUGCGGCGCGUCGGCGACCUGCUCACCAAGCUGCAGGCGAGCAGGGCCCCGCAGCGCCCUGGUAGCUCGUAUUUCUUGAGCCCUUAA